GCCACAUGGAACCAGGAAACCUCACGUGGGUAUCAGAAUUCGUCUUCCUGGGGCUUUCACAGACUUGGGAGCUCCAGCUCCUCCUGUUCCUGGUGUUCCUGUCUGUCUACACCGCCACUGUCUUGGGAAACCUCCUCAUCAUGCUCACAGUGACCGCAGACUCUCGGCUCCACACGCCCAUGUACUUUCUGCUGAGAAACCUGGCUCUCUUGGACCUCUGCUUCUCCUCGGUCACUGCCCCAAAGUUGCUGGUGGACCUCCUCUCUGAGGAGAAGACCAUCUCCUACCGGGGCUGCAUGGCCCAGAUCUUCUUCUUCCACUUUCUGGGAGGUGCCAUGGUCUUCUUCCUGUCAGUGAUGGCCUAUGACCGCCUUGUGGCCAUCUCCCGGCCCCUCCGCUAUGUCACCAUCAUGAACACUCGGCUCUGUGUGGCGCUGGUGCUGAUGGCCUGGAUGGUAGGUUUCGUCCAUUCCAUCAGCCAAGUGGCUCUGAUGCUCCCACUGCCUUUCUGCGGCCCCAACGUCCUGGAUAACUUCUACUGUGAUGUCCCCCAGGUGCUGAGACUUGCCUGCACGGACACUUACAUCUUAGAGUUCCUCAUGAUCUCCAACAGUGGGAUGCUGGAUGUCAUCUGGUUCUGUCUCCUCCUCACCUCUUACUCGGUCAUCCUGGUGAUGCUGAGGUCCCACUCGGGGCAGGCGAGGAGGAAGGCAGCUUCCACCUGCACCACCCACAUCAUUGUGAUGUCAAUGGUGUUCAUUCCCAGCAUUUACCUCUAUGCCCGGCCCUUUGACCCCUUCUCCAUGGACAAGGCCGUGUCCAUCAGCCACACAGUCAUGACCCCCAUGCUCAACCCCAUGAUCUACACCCUGAGGAACCAGGAGAUGCAGGCCGCAGUGAAGAGGCUUAGGAGGCGCUGGCUGGUUUGUACAAGGAGUGAUAAUGGGUAGGUCACGUCUCUUUGGCUUUGUUUUUCAUUUGCAUAGGAUGGGUUUCAGAGGUCAGACUUGGUGGAGUGGAUUAAGAACUUGACUUGGAACAAAGAGACCUGGAUUCAGGUUCAAGUUCCUACACUAACUAGCUGUUACAAGUCUUCUAACACUGGAGGGUAUAGGAGGACCCUUUUGCAAUUGUUUGAGGAUUUAACUGGGCUUUUUCUUCCCUGAGACCUGCAGGAGUGCUUGCUUCUUGUUUCUCUUCUGCUUGGCGCCUUUUUGAUUACCACCAGAGCCCUGCUGCCCAGCACAGGCCAGGAAUGUGGAGGCUCUCCAUAAAUAUCUGUUGGAUGAAUAAACAAAUAAAUAAUGUUG